AUGAAUAUAAGUGAUUAUGAAAAGAAGCAACAAGAUCUCCAAUUACGUGCCAAAAGGCAUUGGAAGUCAUACUUUCUUUGGUCACUUGUUGAAUUAACAAUUCUCAUUUUUUUAUUCUUGACAACGUAUUUUUUUCAAAUUUCGUGUACAACAUUGAUUCCUCAUGGACCAUCAUUGCUCACUAUCAAGAUUCGAGCACAAUCUGUUCUUGCAAAGAAUACAAUAGAUUUGAUUCAACAGGGGCUAAAGUUUGCCACUUAUUUAUCGAAUGAUUUAAAUAUCCAUGCAAAUUUCACUACAAAUGAUUCCAUUCUCCAGAGAUUAGAUACCUUGUACGAUGGGAGUAUAUAUCAUUUUAAUACUUUUGGAUAUUGUCGAGUUGAGCCUGGUAAUAACAAUAGUAAUGAUAAUGAUGAUGAUGAUGGUGGUGGUGGUGGUGGCAGUAGUAGUGUUGAAUGUUCUAACGGGGAAGGGUUAAAUGUUGUUUCUUGUUUUUUACAAGACUUGGGUAUGCAGUUGAGUAGAUUGACUGGAGACGACACUACCAGUGUUGAGCUUGAAGGAAAAUUCCUUAGGAUUUACUAUGACUUGAUUAAACAGUUGUGCAGCGGUAGAAUGUUAACUUUAAGUUUUCCCUGUGUUUUACAAACUUAUAAUUACUUGGGGUUCAUAUUGCAAUAUGUUGUGGUUUUAGCAAUCCUAUCACUUGGUGUUGGUUCUGUUGUUUGUCUUGUUGACUUGGUUUUGCUAUUUGGAUUGUUUCGUACAAGUUUGAAAUUUGUAUUUACCAUAAGAAUGACUUGUGUUUUGGUAGGUGGAAUUUGCAUGAAUCUCAAUUGUGUUUUGGUUUAUUACCUUUCUCAGUUCAUUGAAAACUUGAUAAACCAAUAUCAAGUAGGAAUGCUAUCGUUCAACUAUUCCAUUUGGAUCAUUUGGAAUGGUGUUUUUCUUCUUAGUCUCGUUAUGAUGAUGAAGAGAUACCGCACAUAUUAUCAACAAAAAUUGAUAUACUAA